UAUACCUGACUGGAGUAUGCGUUGAGGCCAACAGGUGUUGGGCUUCCACCUUCUCAGAUGGUGCCUAUACCGCGAACAUCCAACGGUGCGCAAGAUACAACAUGGUAUUCCUACGCGAACACCUCCUUUGCGUCUUCAGCCUCCAAUCAGCCAAAACACCAGUGAUACCAGAUGUCAGAUAGCGUCUCACUCGCUCAGACCACAGCGUCGCCACCUCCACAAGGCACAUCUCACCCUCCAAGUUCACGGCUCGGCGUCGUGGCGUCACACGCGUCUGGGCGGCCAUUGGUCUAUCAACAUCCAACAAACGGCACCCCAUCUUUUCUACUCAGCCGGUUCAGCCCUCCGGUUGGGGGGAGGCGUGCUCAGCUUUGCCUCAAACUUCCGGACCACACUUCUUCCCCGGGUAAGCUUUCGGCGAAACCAAGGGGAAGGUUUCGCGUGCCUUCCAUUCAUUCAAGUUCUUCAGGUCAGGUCGUUUAUAACUGAAGCACAUAAACUCCUCAAGCUUAUAUUCUCGGUGGUGUUAAGUGCUAUGUCGCCGUCAGCGCGAGAUCAUCGACCGAUCAUUCUAUAACAAGUAUCUAUAUACGUCAAACGCUCCGUCCGCGUUCAUCUAGCGUGUUCCGCACAUCCGAACUCAGCGGCCACCACACAGGACCGUCGACUCAGGAACAGAUUUCAGUUCACAGCUGUGGUGUAUUAUUAUCUAUCUUGAUUGUGCACCGCUUCUCUCUAAUCUUAGGCUUCGACAGAAGCCAGCUCAAGCCAAAAUGCCCGAUAUCAUCCCCCUGAUAACGCUGGAGGAGCAUUUCGUCUCCCCAGCCGUAACAGACUACUAUGCUCAGCAGGGCAAGGAACACACGCUUCCCCUAUCGCACAAGAAGAUCAUGAAAGUCCUGUGCGAGGUUGGUCCUUUGCGGCUACAAUACAUGGACUCAGGCCGUGUCAGUGUCCAAGUCAUCUCGCACCGGCCAAACUCCAUUCCCAUCCCGCCGGAAGUCUGCCGGGCGGCCAACAACGAGCUGUCUGAAGCCAUCAAAUCAUCCCCAUCACCGAACAGGUUCGCCGCCUUCGCCAUGCUGCCGACACUAUACCCGGAAGAGUCGGCGGCCGAACUCGAGCGAUGCGUCAAAGAGCUCAACUUCGUGGGCUCGCUGAUCGACAACACCGUGGACGGUCGGUUCUACGACGACCGGUUCUUUUGGCCCAUCUUUGCCGCUCAUGAACGCCUCGAUGUCCCCGUAUAUCUGCACGCGUCACCUCACAUGCCGAGCGAAACGUCCCCUUUCCACGGCAACUACGCGCCUCAAGUGUCGAGUUUCCUGGAGAACCACGGGUUCAACUGGCACACCGAAGUGGCGCUAGGCAUGCUGCGUCUGUUUGCCGCGAAACUCUUCGACGAGUAUCCGCACCUCAAAGUCCUGCUUGGCCACAUGGGCGAGCUCCUGCCGUACUCGCUGGACCGCAUCCAUCGACUGGUCCAACGGACGUGGCCCACAUCGGCCCGUCCACGGAGGCACCUCAUGCAAGUCUGGCACCACAACAUCUACGUCACGACCAGCGGCAUGUUCAGCCUCGCGCCCAUGGCCUGUCUGAUCCACAUGUGCUGCGCCGACAAGGUGCUGUACAGCGUCGACUAUCCCUUCUGCAGCAACGAAGAGGGACUGGUCUUCAUGAACCAACUGCGCGAGAGCGGCAUGAUCAACGAGCAAGACUUUCUUGACAUUGCGUACAAGAAUGCCGAACGACUGCUGGGCCUGCGUGUCCCCGAGGAUAAUCAGGUCGGCAUUGCUGAAGACCCUACCGCCGGCGACGGUGACUCGGGGCUAGGGUUGAGUCCAUCUCGACUACGCCCGUGGCUGUCGACGGAUAGUUCCAACGGAGAUCCAAGUGGAGCGUUUCCUCACUCACCGCUUCAAACAGUUCAUGAGUGACUGACUAAGCUUAUUCGGUCUGGAACUACGUUAUGGUCUGCAAUGGCCAACAAAGAGUACUGUGGCUAUGCUUGACAGGCUUUCUGCUACGAAGUCGUGGGCAGCAGGCAGCAUACGUACCUAAGUCAACCAGUGCGUCAACAAUGAGGGGGCAAAGGGUGUCAUCUUGACCCAAUACUACGCCGUUUCAUCUUGCCGGCAGCGAAGACGAACCAACAAAUGGCCGCCGCGAGAGGUUUCCUCCUCUCUCCAUUGAACCUGGAAUCCCCAAGCAACAAUGAUGCAUCCAUUGCACCAAGGGGAUCAACAGCCGACUGAACCGUAGCGAGAGCCCACGUCUUCAACAAAGGUGUCUUUGCAUACAAAAAGUUACAUGACUUUGCUGCCUGUUUACAAGAGCAUGACGCGAUCUGCAGAGGAACCAAAUGAGAGGUCGACGAAUCCCUCCAGUCUCCCUCUCAGCUAUAUUGCACUGGAGAACAGAAAACUAAAUGAUUUCGAACUGGACACAUAUCUAACCUUGUCAUAUUGUGACGAUCAAAGGAAGACUGAGAAAGAGAUAAACCGAUAGGGUGGUGGUAGGCUCGGGUUCCCAAGCAAUAUUGGUCUAUCUACAUACAUACAGCCUUGACCCAAUGGAUUGGACCGGGAUGGAAAGUUGUCGACGACGAAAACGAAGACUAUGGAAUGGAAUGCAGGAAUGAAUGGAAACGAGAAAUAAGGAUCGAAAGGAUAUGAUUUUAGAUACGGGCGUUGUUUCUUUCCUGUAUAAAUCGCAGAAUUAUGUACACAGCUGGUGGUGUGGGAUGUAACGAGGAAAGUAGGAUACAUACCUUAACUUGGAAGCAAGUCCUGGAUUUUUGAGAUAAUGGCGCACAAUGAAAGGGGCAGGGAAGUACCUACUUACCAAGUUACCUGUAUUGCAGGUCUAGGUCACAUCCCACAGCCUGCUAGAAUGGGCAAUGAACGGCACGCACAUUUAUUGUCCACCAAAAGAAAAGAUAUUGAAGAGGAUUGUCACCAUUGAAUCAUAUUCACAACAUGCACGCAAUCGAAGCACUAAUGCAGUUUAUUUACUUGCCCCACCCGAGCUCAAUGCAACAAUGUCCGGAGAAUCAUGGUAUCGUACCGUACGUGCGAAACCCCCCAUUUGGGCUACGUCCCCGUGUCUCUAUACCAACACGAGGCUGCCCCCAAAGAAAAAGCCCAUGACGACAACACCACAGCUGGCAAGGAUGCUUGCCGCGUUGAAAGGCGCGGGUCGAAUAUUGGCAUUGGCUCCGUUGGUCUUAUGGGAGCCCGACGACGAGGCAGUACUGCUGCCGCUGCUGCUCGACCCACCCUUGCUCGUACCCGUUGCUGUCAGGUGGAAAGUAGCCGACCUGCUAGUUGCGGCACUGAGGUCUCCAGUAGCUGUUGCGGUGGCUUGGGUGAUGUGAGGAACGCCAGAAAACGUUUGAGCAACGCUCGCGGCCGAGGCAGUGGAGACUGCAUUAGGAAUGCCACUGCUUGCUUGAAACGCUUGGAUAUUCGACUUGCCGGCGUCGAAAUCGGUUUGGCCAAUGCCAAUCUCUUGGUUCUCCAGAUCAUAAACCACAUAUGCGCUCCGGAGAAAAGAAUCGCCAAACAAAAUCGGGUUGUCACCAGCAGCUUGAAUGGCAAAAGCACACGCCUUGUCUCCGUUUCGGAACGUAGGCUGAGAUCCAUCCGUGGUCAACAAGGGACUCACAAAUUCUGACAAGCUCACGUUGACAACAGGUCCAUCCGAGCCGCCAAAGCGGAAGGAAAAGGUCAAAUCGUCGUUGGCGAGUUUGCAAGGCACAACAUUGCCAUAUGACGGGUCUGUCAGGACUCCCACGCCGUUGAAUACAGCCUCGGCAACCUCGUCUGGGAGGAGGGUGUAACUUGUUCCGGAGUCAAGAAUAGCUGGUUGAGGCGAGGAUGGGCUCAAGUCCGACUCUUGACCAGGGCCGGUCACAGUCAAACCCGUCCAUGCGACCGUCAUGGAACUGAUUGUUCCAGUCUGGGUAUCCAACUGAAUGGGAAGGGCGACUAAAUCACCGAGGUACUUGCUGGUGUCGACGCCUCCGAAAAGAAUGCUGCCCGUGUUGGAAUUCUUGUCAUCCAGCCAUAACGAAUAGGACAACGUGUUGAUGUACCCCUCAUUCUUGAGGACGCUGAUGACGUUGGGAUAAGAAAAUCCAUUCAAUAAAUACCCAGCCUCUCCCGAUUCAAAGCCAAUGCCCAUGAUGCCCAGUCCUCUUGUGUUCGCAGUCAAGGCAGCAGCCAUUGUCAUAUUUGUGAGCUUGGUGUUACCAAUGUUGAGAACAUCGGAGAUGUAUGCGCCCGCAACUUGCGAUCCGUCGACAUACUGAAUCUGGAAUUCGGGGGCGUCAGGGUCGGAGUAGGUGGACGACUUGCUGUAGUCGUACAUGCCGAGAGGACAGUUCUGAACAUUGUCUUCACAAAUGUCUGCAUUGACGGCGGGGAACCAGAUAUCGGACGAGCCGGUGUCGAGCUGAAGAGAGAAGGGCUGGCCUGGGGUCCCGACUGUGACGUUGAUCAAGUAAAGCAGGAUCUCAUUGUCCAGAGAUGCCUGGACGGUUUUCGACGACUGUCGUCGAGCGAGGUGAGGGUAGUCCUGCGCCUUGACACGACGCUUUUCGAAGGUGUAUCCCACGGUGCCAGGUGCUGCAGUCCCGACCACGGAGCUGACGGAGGAAAGCAGCCAUGCUGCGCCUAGCACAGCGGCAAUGAGCCCGCCCAUGGUUACGGGCAGCUGGGGGUGGCGACGGCGGAUGGAGAGCACCGAGGCGAGAAUGGAUUAGGACGAGUGGUGAGUGAGGGAAACCAGGAUGAGAAAGGGCACGACGAAGCCGCAGGAAGAAUAGUUGACUAAAUACGAUAACCCUAGGUUGGUGGUAGAGGUGGCGGUGCCUGGUGGUGAUGGUGGAGGACGGAUACCGGUUUCAUGCCAUCACCAAGUCCAGGGAUGUACUGUACGAAAGUACCUGGCUGCCGGUGAUGCUCGCCUUGGGAUUGGAUGGGCGCCGCCAUUGAAGCCAGCGGCGCUCGACCGGGGAAAACUGCGCCUCACUGGAGCCCAGCACCAUACUACCGUACUACAAUGUACCAUACUAGAAUUGUUUACUAUAACAACAGUGGGUGCACAACUUGAACGCACAACUUGAACUACUUGCAAG